AAGUCAGGUACCGAACCUUAAACUUUUCCUUCUUUCUGGCUUGCGACUGGCUUGCGACAGCUACCUACCUCUUAAUAUUAUACUAUACCCAAUCUUUUUUUUUCUCUUAGGUCACACAUACAUGCAUGCGCGUGCAUGUAUGUGUAUAUCUACGAUACCUUGACUCUAGAUAUCUCGGUAAAUAAGCCAAUUGGCCCCUUGUUCAUUCACAAUGCCUCCCAGACCGCGAGCGAAGCCAACUUAUACUCUCCGCCUCCUAUCGUCAGGGAUCUGCCGACAACCAGCGCCUCGAAUAAAAGAGCCCCCCUUCAGCAGCAAGUUCUCCAGUCUCACUUAUAAUCAGGACACUGCGAAGUCGGAUCUAACGUCGUACCCGUCCAAGAGAUGGCUGUCGGAGCUCAAAGCGCGGAUCGGAAAGUGCAUCACGUUCGGCUGCAACCGCGAGCAGGCCCAGUUCGCCGCCGUCCUUCUGCGCGCUCUUACCACGGAAUGGCGCGAGUUAGUGGCUGGUGCCCAGGGGUACCUGACGGGCGGGGGCAGGGGCCUCGAGAACCAGCAGGUCGUAUGGGGGGAGAUAGAUAGCUUCGGCCACGUGAAUAACGCCAAUUAUAUCCAGUACGCCCAAUCCGCGCGCGUCAACUGGAUUACACACUUCGCGACUGUGGACCUGGAGAACAGGGAGAGAUGGAGGGAACUUAUGAUCCCGAAGGAGACCGGGUUGAUUUUGAAGUCGAUCAAGGCUCGGUAUAAAUUCCCCAUGACCUACCCGGACUCCAUCUCCGCCUACCACAAGCUGCGAUUCCAGCCCUCCGAAACGGACGGGUCCCUCGUUCUUGACUGCAUCAUCCUGUCGCACCGACACCAGCGCGUGGCCGCGACCACGGAGGAGGACGUCGUGUUCUACGACUACGCCAUCGCGAAGAGGACCAAUAUCCCGUCCUUUGCGCUCAACAAGCUCAGAGACGUGUGGAGGAAACAAGGGGAGGAGAUGUACAGAGCUAGGGCGCGGAUAGCGGAGCUCGUGAGGUCGGUCGAAGGGCUCGAGAAAGGGACUUGGGAUAGGAAGGAUGCGGUUGAGGAUCUUGGCGGCGCGGGAACGAACGAGUUUAAGAGGGAUGCCGUUACGACAGAGUACCCCCGGGCACCACUGAGAACCAAGAGAGAUGAACUCCUCAUACAGAGCAUCAAGAGACAUGAGGACUGGGCACAGAGCUGGGCACAGAGCUUCGCACAGAGAGUCGCACAGACCAAGCAAGACGACGUCAAAAAAGAGGAGGUCAAGCUAGAGGAGGUCAAGCAAGAGGAGGCCAAGACGAAGGAAUUCAGGAAAGAUAAUUCGUUUACCAACGCGCUUGGUAGGGGAAUACGCUCGUUAUUUUAACUUCUCUCUGGGGAGGAAAGGUCAACGGAUAAGGAUAUAGGACAGGCGAGUGGCAGGUAAUGGCGUUGUUUGUACAACCCCGUGGAAAACUCUUCACUGGGGGUCUUGGGAAGCCACUGGGUAGCUAGCAGCAUGGGCGAUCUUAGAAAGUUCUGGCAUCUUUCCCGCCUUCCCAUACUAUGAUAUCGGUGUAGUAUAUCAAGAAAAAAAUAUAUCAGUUCCGCUAGGUAUGCUUGAAGGGUAUUUAUCCUUGUGGUUUAAAAACGAGGCACGAUAGGCUUCGGAUCAGGUUGUAUGGGCGCGAAAUAUCACAAGAUAACAGAACCAUACACCACGAAAACAACCUCGCUAUUUCACUAGGAACUCCAACUUGAAAACCUAGGUCAUAGGAGCCCGUAGCUGUACAUACUGAAG